AUGGGAGCCUUGAAGCAAUCUUCAUGGCGUCUCAGAGAUUUGUUCCUGGAGCUCCUUAUUCUCCGUCUCCAACCUCAGUCUCAGUUUCUCGAGUUGAUCCUUGGCCUUCGAAAGUCUCUGGAGAUCCGGCGCUUGGGCGCGGUUCUCAAGCACACUAUAUGGCAAAUUGAUCAGGAGUUCUUCACGGAUCGCCACAACACCAUGGUUGGGGAUGCACUUGACGUUUUCUUGGUUUUAGCCGCAUGGCCUGCACCGUGA